UUAUUAAUGAAGAUUUUUUUUUUUUAGUGCAAAGAAGACAAUAAGCAAAAGAAAAUGUCAAGUCGUAUGUGCAACCAGUGUGGUUGCACUGACAUUGAUAUAGACUCAACAAGAGGGGAUGCAGUAUGUACAGGCUGUGGUUCCGUUCUGGAAGAUCAGAUCAUCGUGUCAGAGGUCCAGUUCCAGGAAAACUCUGGCGGUGGUUCAUCAUUGAUUGGACAGUUUGUAUCUUCAGAAGGACCAGGUAAAUCAUUCUCCAUUGGAGGAAGUUUUCCACAUGGAAUGCAAAAAGAAUCAAGGACAGUAACUCUUCAGAAUGGCAAGAAAAGAAUACAACAGCUAGCCAGUCAAAUGAAUCUGAAUCAGCACUGUAUUGAUACUGCAUUUAAUUUCUUUAAAAUGGCAGUGUCGAAACGUAUGACACGGGGUCGUAAAACAUCAAACGUGAUAGCGGCCUGUUUGUAUCUGGUUUGUCGAUCAGAAAGAACACCUCAUAUGCUACUAGACUUCAGUGAUGCAUUACAGGUGAAUGUCUACAGUUUAGGAAGGACGUAUCUUCAUCUGUCUAGAGAACUAUGUAUCAACUUGCCAGAUAUUGAUCCAGCAUUGUACAUAUCGAGGUUUGCCCAUAAUCUAGAGUUUGGAGAGAAGACUCAUGAAGUAUCCAUGACUGCUAUGAGACUUGUACAGCGGAUGAAGCGUGACUGGAUGUCCACUGGUAGACGACCCAGUGGUCUCUGCGGCGCAGCAUUGUUAGUGGCUGCCAGAAUUCAUGAUUUCUCCCGGUCUAUUAAGGAGAUUAUAAAGGUGGUGAAAGUAUGUCAGUCAACAUUAAGGAAAAGAUUGGUUGAGUUUGAAGAGACACCUUCAAGUCAGUUGACAAUUGAAGAAUUCCAGACUAUAGAUUUAGAACAAGAAGCAGAUCCACCAUCAUUUACUGAGGGAAAACGUAGAGCAAAAAAGAUACAGGAACAAAGCAAGCUGCCAGAGUAUGCAUCAGAAGUUUCCAAGCUUCAGGAGGAGAUAGAGCAAACAUUACUUAAUCAAAAACCAAGAGGAAUAUGGGCACAUUAUGCUAAAAUGGCAGAUGAUUGUGGCUCUGUGGACUCGGAAGCAUCUCGACUGAGUGACCUCACAGAAUCUGAAGAGAGCAUUAAUGAAGCCAAGAGAAACUCUAGCCUAGACUCUCUCUCAGAUCUAAGUACUGGUAAAAAUGAAAUAAUUAAAUCAGAAUCUCCUCAAGAACCUAAAACAGAAAACUCCACUCAAGAAGUGUUUGAUAGUGGAGGGCCAAAAUUAGAAAACUCCACUCAAGAGGUGUUUGAUAGUGGAGGGACAAAAAACAGUGAAACAGAUGAUUUACAAUCUGAUGAUCUCGUAGAAACAAGUAAAUUAACAGCAGAUACUAUUGGUAAUGAGUUAGUUAUUGGAAGUGAUUUAAAUGUACUCGAUGAUAAGAAUGUGAAGGAGGUAACUGGAGCUCUAGGUGUGCCAGCUAUAGGAACAGAGAUGGAGACACUAGUCAGUGAUUGUAUGAAGGAAGGAAGUGAAAAUUCUAGGGAUAGUGUUGUGGAUGAGGAACUUGAUCUAACUGGUAUUGAUGAUGCUGAGAUUAAUAAGUACUUAUUGGCAGACAAAGAGGUAUUACUGAAAACUAGGAUCUGGAUGGCAGAAAAUGCUGAAUUCCUUGAAGAAAUGAGAUUAAAAGAAGAAAAGAAAGCAAAAGAGGCUGAAGAAGAAGCUAAGAAACCACCAGAAAAAAGAAAAAAAUAUACUAAGAGGAAGAGGAAAGCACCAAUGCAAGAGGCAGCCACUGCUCAAGAGGCAAUACAGAAAAUUAUGCAAGAGAAGAAAAUAUCGUGUAAAAUUAACUAUGAUGUAUUGAACGAUUUAAAUGUUAAGUCUACAUUAACUACAAACAGUCCAGUGAAGGGAGAGAACAGUGUUUUAGGUAGUGCACAAGAUAACAGUGCUCUGAUAUCGAGAUUUAGAAAACCAAGUGUCAGUUUGGAUUUUAGACCAGCAGAGACAAAACCAGUUGUAAAGAAGGCAAAGAAGGCAGAUCUUGCCCCACCACCCAUGCUACCUCAAAUGGAUGAGAAAUCCAAGGUUGAUGUUGUUGUAGAAUCGGGACCAGUGCAAUAUGACCAGAAAGAUGAUGUAUAUGAUGAAGAGGAGGCAGAAGAUUACUUUGAGGAAGAAGAACAUCAUCUUAGUGCAGCACGCUUGUUUGGAAAUACAGGUGUGGAGGUAGAGGAGUAUGAUUAUGACAUGGACUGAACAGUCGACAUAAGAUCCUAUUUUUAUAGUGAAUCCAAGUAAACCAUGAGAAAUGUCUACUAUCACGCCAUAGUUACAAUAUACUACAUUGUACAUACUAAAAUACAGUGCCAAACUUUAAAUAUAAACAUUUUGUAUUAGAUUACUCUGUACUCUUGAAAUCUUACAAUAAUUAUUAUAAUGUAUUUUCAGAGAAUAUUGCGAGAGACAAUUUAUGUUCUUAAAUUAUGAUUAUGAUUUCUUUGUCAUAGUGAUAUUGAACAGUUUAACAAAUCCAUUACAAUGAUUUUUUAAAAGAUAACUGGUUAAAUUAAUAAGAAAGAGUUGCAUAAUGAAAUUAUUUGUCCAAACAUACUAUGUAUUCUAUUACACAUGUACAUGUUAACAAUUAUUUAUAGAAAGGUGUUCAUUUUAUAAUUUAAAUGGCAGUUUUUUUGCUUGCAUUUUAAGUACUACUUAUUAUGUGUCUCGAACUGUUUAUAUAAGUAAUAAGGUCUCUGACAUUUGUGUACUUACCCUUGUUUAUGAUAGAAUGUACUUUUUAGUCAAAAGUUUUGUCUGUGAGUAAAAUUUGAUAGUUUCAGGAUAAGGAGUAUGAAAAAUAUAUAAUAUACAAUGUAUGUAUAAAGCAUGCUAAAUUUCUAUUGGAUGUUUAUAUUGUUAAAUGGUUUGAAUGUUAAGCUGCAGUAAUAGUUUGACUGUAUCACCAGUAUAGAAACAGGCUACAGUCUGAACAUCAGUGGAAUUUUACAAAGACUAUACUUUUACCAACUCAUACAUAGAAUUUUGAAACAAACUUAAAUAUCACAACAUGAAAUAACCAUGUCAAAGUGGUAUGGCUGUUAUACAAAUUCACCAGGGAAAUGAAAUUAUAUUCAAUUUGGUGCAGUGCAGCUAUAUCUAAAAAUUAAAGAAAAAGAAUGAUCCCUCGGAGGAAUUUAUCACAUGAAAAUUGCAGACUCGGUUUGAUUGAGAAAAUCAAGUAAAAUAUUAUGUUAAAAACUAUAUUGUUAAUAAGUAAGUCAAAUUGUGAAAUUAUCACCAUGAAUUUAUUGUCUUAUUUACAAACAGGGUGCAUAUACAUGCAAUUAUUCAGAUAUUAGGUUACAUGGUAAUAAUUUAAUUUUCAUCAAAUAUUCUUAAAUCAAAGUAAAGCUUUA